CAAAAUCAACAAGGCCAAGUUGAGGAAAAAAUAGUUAUUGAUAUUUUUGGUUGUAGAUUUAUCUUCACGCAAAUUACAAGUUCAGACUGUACAAUCCAUUGGGAACGCGAUGUUUGCAACCUGUACCGUGUUGAUCGCAUUAUGGGUGAAUCUAAUUCAAUAUACACAAAGCGAAGAUUCUUGUGGUUCUGUUAUAAUCGGCGAUGAUUGUGGCUUCACUGGAAUCACAGCCCUCGAAUGCCGCCAACGGGGAUGUUGUUAUGAUUUUAGCGCACGAAAGAUUAAUGAAAAAUGUCUUUACCCGUUCGAUUUUUUUUCCUCUUCAAACAAAGAUUCAAAGACCUUCCUGGGAACUUCUGUGCUGAACAUCCCUGAGCCUACAAGAGCACUCAGCGAUCGACUUACUAAAUUGUCCGUAGAAUACGAACUAAAAAACGCGUUCCGCUACCGUUUCCCGCAAGUGAGAUCAGUCAAAGUAAAAAACUUCACCAAUGCAGAAUUUGAUUACGUAAUCACAAUUUUUGCUGACAAAUCUUUUCAAAUGACUGCAGAAGAUCUUUUAAAAGCAUAUGCCAAUGCAAUGCAAAUACCGGAAUCAGAAUCAUCAUGUGGAAAAUAUUUUAUCGGAUUGCCGAUAAUUAGAGAUUAUGACGAAUGUGAAGCUUCCAACGUGUGUGACAUGAAAUCAAUCUGUGUGAACACAAUGGGUAGCUACAAAUGCCAUUGUAAGUAUGGCUUCACAAAAGAUCAAUUUGGAGUUUGCUCUGAUAUCAACGAAUGCAAGGAAAUGGCAGAGGUGUGUCGACAGAAUCAGGAAUGUACUAACACAAUUGGAAGUUAUAAUUGCGUUUGCAAAGAUGGAUUUCGUAUUGAUAGCAGUGAUGUUUGCGUUGACAUUGAUGAAUGUUCACAAGGCAAACACAAUUGUUCUCAAGAAACAGAACUAUGUGUCAACAAUGUAGGAGGAUUUGAGUGUGAAUGCAAACCCGGAUUUCGGAAAUACCGAUUUUUUGGUAAAAAAUACUGUGUAGAAGAUGAUCCAUGCACAUCAAAUCCAUGUCACCAAGACGCAGAAUGCAAACGUUCUGGGCCAUUAUACACGUGUCAAUGUCGAGAAGGUUUCACAGGAAACGGAGAACAGCAUUGUCACGAAAUCAAGCUGUGUAUGUUGGCAUCGGUAAACAAUUGUCACGAGAAAGCAGAUUGUUCAAAUAUUCCUGGUAGUUACCUAUGUACUUGUCAAGGCGGAUACACUGGAGAUGGAUUCAUUUGUGAAGAUAUAAAUGAGUGUGAUAACGAUCUACUAUGCGGGAAUCAUGCUAAGUGCAAAAACGUAGAAGGUUCAUACCAAUGUACUUGCGACAACGGAUAUCGAAAACUUGCGACGGAUGAAUGUCUGGAUAUCGAUGAAUGCGAGUCAAACUCGUGUAACACAAACGCCAUCUGCCGGAACCUACCAGGAUCGUAUGAAUGUUCAUGCAACCCAGGAUACGUAGGAGAUGGAAUAACAUUUUGUCAAGAGACAGAAGAUAAAAUUGGAAGAUCAAUAACGAUUAGUUUAGUAGGGAUUCAUUGUGAUCCUGUAUUUGGUCCAAAAGAAACAGAAACUAAACUGAGCAAAAUCUGUUCAAUCGAUGCAACUUGUGAAGCUGGAACCUUGGGAAUUUAUUCGUGUCGUUGUCCUGUAGGACUUAUUGGAGAUCCAAUGGAAGCUUGCUACGACUGGGACGAGUGUCAAGAAGAAUUCCAUGAGUGUCAUGCCUGGUCAAAUUGUAUAAACACGGAGGGAAGCUAUGUAUGCGAUUGUGCUACCGGUUUUAUUGGCGACGGGAUUGAUUGCAAAGAUGCAAAUGAAUGCGAGAUAGGUUUGCAUGAAUGCAGUGAACAUGCAGAUUGCAUCAAUACCAGAGGUUCUUAUUUCUGUGAGUGCAAAUACGGAUUCAUUGGAAAUGGAUACGCAUGUAAAGAGCUUUUUUUCUAUGUUGCCCUUGUACGCCUUACUGCUUCAUACUCGUAUCUGGUUGAUCUUGACUGCCCUGGUUCAAUAUAUUUCAACGAGGUGUCGCAUGAUUUGAUGGAAGAUACUUUCAAGCUUUUUCGCUCUACUGGGGACUACGUUAAAGACGUCAUAGUCACCUCGUUUUCAAAAGGAAGUGUACUUGCGGAAGUUAUAAUUGCAACAGUCGGUAGUUCUGCCUCAGACUUAAACCGCGUGAUAACAUACGGCGUAGAAAACGGUUUGACAAAUAUGAUAUCGGGUCCUGCUCUUGUUAUACAAACAUUAAACACGUCCCUCGAAUCAAUGGAUUUUGUAGGUGAGUCAUAUACUGGAAUUUUAACGAAGAAACACAACUCGCAAACAAAAGUAUCAAAAACUUUCUCUGGUAUUAUUAAACUGCAACCUUCAAUGAUAUCGAGAUACGAAGAGUUGUAUAAUGAUAACCUCACAAAUCCUGAUUCCGACGUGCGUACAGAAUUCGACAAAAAGUUGUCCAGAGAACUGAUGUGGAUGCAUGGUUACAAUAACGAAUACAUAGAGGAGGUGGAAAUUAAUUCAAUAGGAACAAUAAGCCAAUAUUUACAGCUUAUGAAAAACAGGGUCGAAAAACCUAGAGUCAGAUUCUACAAAGCAUCUGUGCUAAUGACGUACAAUGUUUAUGAUAGAAGACUAUAUAACGACUACCAAUAUGCUUCUCAAUAUGCGAUACCUAAGUUAUUGAGAAGUUACGGAUACGCUUUGAGAAGAGAGGAAUUGACCAUUGGUGAAGAAAGACAAGUAAAAGAUGUUCAAUUCAACAAUGACGGUUACAUUCAAGUUUCUCUAACGGACGUUCGUGGACCAAAUCCCGGCGAAGUACCUGACGAGUUUAAAGUAAUCAAAAACACAAUAAUCGUUGAACAUCUCAUUGUGGUAUCACAUGAAAUACUAAUGAUUGACGGAAUUCUCCAAAAAAUUGAUAAUGAGUUUUUAAAAAAGAACCUUCAGCUAUCAUCAAAAGAAGAGAAAUCCAUCCUAUGUGUAUUAGAUAUCACUCAGGUUUCUAAAUCAGACGGAACUAUUGGGUUUUAUCGCGGGCUUAUGCAGGAAUGGAAUAUUGAGUCAGUGGAAGACGACAACGACAUCCUCCUGGCUCAAUAUGAUGUCACAAUCGAUGGAGAUUCCGAAAUUUUAGAUUUGAACGAGCUCGGGCUAUUCAAUUGGUUUGACAAGGGCGUGAAUGACGGAAAUAUUGUUGAGGACAACAAGCUUUCUUUCUCUGGUCUUCCAAAAAGUUUAUUCAUGGGGAGUUACACAAUUGGACAACCAAUAAAUCAAGAAAAAAACGAUAAACACUCAAAAGAAUCCGAAAGAAAAGAUAAAGAAUACAAAGAGUUUAAAUAUUCAGCAUCUAUUUUUCUGAUGGAUGACGUAAGUCCCAUUCCGUUACUCAAUGUACCAACAACGCAUGAGGUAUUCGAAACAACAGCACAAGUAUUCGAACCUCAACUCUUCACAGCUUUCACACGAGGUUUAAAAGAUUUAAAUUCAGGUGACAGAAACUGGGAAGUUAAACAUAUUUACAUUGAAAUAGUUGCUUUCCGUCACCCAACAACUAAUGAAUCAAAAAAGAGAACAAAUGUUAUUGCUGACUUCCAUAUUACAGUCGAGGUAACAGGCGCAAUCACAUCGAACUUGUUGAAAGAUUUACUGAAGAGAUCGUUUGAUCACGCAGCUACAGAAGACUAUUUUGCGGAAAAAUUGUUUGUUGGUGCUCCAUGGAAUUUCAUUGAAAAGAUCGAUCAUGUCACACCAACGCACAAAACAACAACUGGUUUUACUCAAACUGCUACUCAGCGUGCCACCACGAUUAAAGUCACACCUCGUAGUUUAUCCGCUGUUCGUCCAACAACACAACCGAGUAGAAUUACAACUCGUGCUUGGUUAUCUUCCACCACGGAAUCUGUGACGCCACAAUACGAUGAAGGAUCGCAUGACGUCACAACGGCAGAGGCAAAUGAAGUUCCACUAUCUACAAAUACACAAGAAAUAUCAGAACUAGCUUACGCAAUAUCUCUAAUCCUACGGGCACCACGGAUGAGUUGGUUCGAAAUACGGAGCGAAGUUGAACUCCUACCACUAAAAGCUAGGACUUUAUUAAUAGCGAUGAUGCAUGAUCCUGGUUCAAUGCAGCAUAUACCGAACUUAACAUACUUUUAUUUAAAUGCUGCUCUUGAACAGACAAAGCAUUAUUAAAAUCAUGAAAUUUUAUGCCAGGAUUUUAUAAAUCUUAGUCUCACAACAAAUAUCGAAGCGAAAUACGAUUAUUGAGUCCUCGAAAUUUCGUAAAAAUAACUUGACUUUAUAGCUUCGUUAUUGAAAACAAUUUAUUCAGACCGACGUCCUUUCACAUGCUUACUGAAAUCAGGUCAGGUGGUUUUUAUAACUUCAAGUGAUGUAAACUUUGGGAAAAUGACUUCAAAAACCAUUUCAAUGACCUGUAUAUAACUUUUAUCAGUUUUCGAGCUCGUAAAUCAACUAUUUCUUGCAAUGAUGUUUUGUACUUUUUUGCUAUUUCUACUUUACUUUUUAUCUUACCUGUUUCUUGUUCUUUUGUUACCACUUGAAAUACAGCGAGUCUUUGUA